GCACACUACUUCCGGGUCGCGCUCGCCACACCGUUCCACAUAAUGGCGGCCCUCUUCGGAUCUACCGUACUCCGCAGAGCGUGGCUGGGACCUUCCAGCCUGUGCUGCAGGACACCGGGGGCUCCUGUCUCUGCUGCCGGGCUCCGGUUUGUGAGUAAUGCUGCUCCAGAAGAUAAUCGGUCGCCGAUAAUAGAGUCCACGGAGGAAUACAAGUACGUUGAGCGGCUCAUCCCCUCAUCACGGAUUCCCACUCCGCCUAAACACACCGGUCCUACCCCAUCGGGCUGGAUCCCUCCUGCUGAUUCACCGCCGUCUCUGCCCUACAUGAUCCGCCGCUCCCGCAUGCACAACAUCCCGAUUUAUACCGACGUGACCAAUAGCAACCGGAAAUUAACGUUGAUACGGAAAGUGGAGGGCGACAUUUGGGCUCUAGAGAAGGACGUGAGGCAGUACCUGCAGGAGGUGACGGGAAAAGAGCUACCUACACAGGUCAACGAGGUCACCAUGACCCUGAAGGUCAAAGGUCACUUCGAUAAGGAGUUGAAGGACUGGCUGGUCAGCAAAGGUUUUUGACUGAAAGAGCUUCAGUUGCUGGCAUCGACCUGCUGAAGGGACAGAGAGCCGUGGAGGAGGAGGCCUGUCAGCAGGAGCACACUUCAAAGCCUGCUUCAGUCCUUAUGGAAGCGAGACUGCUGACCUGGGCCAAUUUAAUGAACUCUUUGACAGCAGUGAGAUGCGAUGUGACCACUGAGUGUAAAAUGAUGCAGGCCAGUUUAAGUCAUUGUGAUUAAACAUUGAAGCAUAGCAA